AUGUCUCGCCCGGACGAGACACUGGCAGCCGCUGCGGCAAUUCUGCGUGGAUUGGCCAAGGGCUCGACCUCGUCCACCUACACCAAUGGCUUGAAGCUUCCACCAUACAAGCUCCCUGGAGACGAUACACCGGGAAAAGAAGACUUCGAAGCUGAAAUAGCCGCUCUUGCAAGACGGAUACACUACCUGGAAUCUCGGGCGGAUGUUGUUGGGCGCUCACUGCCAGAUACUCCAGGUGAAUUUCAGAGCCCGGCUUCGCCGUUGUCCCGCCCAGUGGAACCACGGGGUUCUCUGGGCGAAUCUGGCGCUGAUUUCCCUGCAGACUCUUCUGAGAGAACACCUAUCAAUUACAAUCAUUCGAGGCGCGUCAACAACCUUCUCGCUGCCAGAGAUUCCUUUCGACCUUCGGAACCGGACCGUGCAGUGAGCGAAGAUGAUAUUAGCAUAUUGCGAGAACAUGUCGAGAGGCAGGCGGAGCAGAUAAAGAGUCAGCGAGACACAAUUGCAGAGAUCAGUCGCGGUCUACGGAAUUCGGAAGAGCAGGCCAAACAAGCCUUCAUGCGGGUGGAAAAUGAAGACGUUUCGAUCUUGGAGAGGGAGCUGCGGAAGCACCAGCAAGCAAACGAGGCGUUCCAAAAAGCUUUGCGUGAGAUCGGUGGCAUCAUCACACAGGUUGCCAAUGGCGAUUUGUCCAAAAGAGUCCAGAUCCAAGCUACUGAAAUGGACGAUGAAAUUGCGGCCUUCAAAGUCACCAUCAACACGAUGAUGGACCAGCUGGAGAUCUUCGGCAGCGAGGUCACUCGUGUCGCCCGCGAAGUAGGAACCGAAGGCAUUCUGGGUGGACAGGCUCAGAUCAGCGGAGUGCAUGGCAUAUGGAAGGAGUUGACGGACAACGUCAACAUAAUGGCAGCGAACCUGACAGACCAAGUCAGGGAGAUUGCAACCGUCACCAAGGCCGUUGCACGUGGUGAUCUCAGUCAAAAAGUACAAAGUCGCGCAAAGGGCGAAAUAUUUGAACUACAGCAUACUAUCAACACCAUGGUGGACCAACUCAGAACGUUCGCCACCGAAGUCACUCGCGUUGCCACUGAUGUCGGAACGGAAGGCGUGUUAGGUGGACAAGCCCAGAUCGAAGGUGUCCAAGGUACCUGGAAUGAAUUGACCAAGAGCGUGAACGCAAUGGCAGACAACCUCACGACACAGGUCCGAGACAUCGCAAUGGUGACCACAGCUGUGGCAAAGGGCGAUUUGACGCGAAAGGUCACUGCGAGCUGUAAAGGAGAGAUUCUGCGACUCAAGAUUACGAUCAACAACAUGGUUGAUCAACUACAGCAGUUUGCCCAGGAAGUCACAAACCUGGCCAAAGAGGUCGGAACCAACGGUGUUCUGGGAGGUCAAGCUACGGUGCACGACGUCGAAGGUACCUGGAAAGACCUUACCGAAAAUGUCAACGGCAUGGCAAUGAACUUGACAACUCAAGUACGAGAGAUUGCUGCAGUCACCACCGCUGUCGCCAAUGGCGACUUGUCGAAGAAAGUUACCGCCGAUGUCCAAGGCGAAAUUCUCGACCUGAAAGUGACCAUCAAUUCAAUGGUUGAUCGACUAAACACCUUCGCAUUCGAAGUCAGCAAAGUAGCGAGAGAAGUCGGCACAGACGGAACACUUGGAGGGCAGGCCAAGGUCGAUAAUGUCCAAGGCAAAUGGAGAGACUUGACCGAUAAUGUGAAUACGAUGGCCUCGAACCUGACAGAUCAGGUACGAAGUAUCUCGGACGUCACACAAGCCAUUGCUGCUGGAAAUCUGGACAAGAAAAUCGAGGUACAAGCACAAGGUGAAAUUUUGACACUGAAGGUCACUAUCAAUAACAUGGUAGACCGCUUGGCGACCUUUGCCCAUGAAGUGCGACGAGUUGCUCGCGAUGUCGGUGUCAAUGGCAAAAUGGGUGGCCAAGCCAACGUUCACGAUGUCAGUGGCCGAUGGAAAGAGAUCACAGAGGACGUCAACACCAUGGCCGAAAAUCUGACUGCGCAGGUUCGUGCAUUUGGUGAGAUCACGGACGCGGCAACGGAAGGAGAUUUCUCAAAGUUGAUCAGCGUCAAUGCGUCCGGUGAAAUGGAUGAAUUGAAGAGGAAGAUCAACCAAAUGAUUUCGAACCUCAGAGACAGCAUACAGAGAAACACAGCGGCGCGUGAAGCCGCCGAAUUAGCCAACCGGACAAAGUCCGAAUUUUUGGCAAAUAUGUCCCAUGAGAUCAGGACCCCUAUGAACGGCAUCAUUGGCAUGACACAACUGACGUUGGACACCGACGAUCUGAAACCGCACUCGCGAGAGAUGCUCAACACGGUUCACAACCUUGCAAACAGCUUACUGACCAUCAUUGACGAUAUCCUGGAUAUUUCAAAGAUUGAAGCCAACCGUAUGGCGAUUGAGGCUAUUCCAUACACAAUCCGGGGUACUGUCUUUAACGCACUGAAGUCCUUGGCUGUCAAGGCGAACGAGAAGUCAUUAUGUUUGGCAUUUGAUGUGGACAACUCGGUACCGGACUAUGUCGUUGGCGACCCAUUCCGGCUAAGACAGAUCAUCCUCAACCUGGUAGGCAACGCGAUCAAGUUCACCGAUCAGGGGGAAGUCAAAGUGACGAUCAAAAAAUCCAAAGAUCUUUUGUCGAACUGCGCAACAGACGAGUUUCCGUUCGAGUUUGUGGUCUCCGACACUGGGAUAGGCAUCCAGUCGGACAAGCUCGACCUGAUCUUCGACACUUUCCAGCAAGCGGACGGCUCAACGACAAGAAAAUUCGGCGGUACCGGGUUGGGCCUGUCUAUAUCGAAGCGCCUGGUCAACCUCAUGGGAGGUCAAGUCUGGGUCACCUCCGAUUUCGGGCACGGUAGCGAAUUCCACUUCUCGUGCAUUGUCAAAUUCGCAACGGACGACAUCAGUGUCAUCAGUUCCCAGCUUUAUCCUUUCCGGAAGCAUAAGGUUCUUGUGGUUGACAAGGGCGUGUCCAAGUUCUUUGAACGCGUCCCUGCAAUGAUUGAGGAGCUUGGGCUACAAGUCAGAGUGGUGAAAGACGAAGCAGAUGUGCCAGAUCCUGGCAUCUUCACCGCCGAACGCAAUCGCAAAAACACCGACGGAGGCUAUGAUGUCAUCGUCAUUGAUGAACUCCAGACUGCACAGAAACUGCGAGAAUUGGACAAAUUCAAGUACAUGCCCAUGGUUUUACUGAACCCUACUGUGUCUAUCAGCCUCAAGACUGUACUUGACCUUGGUAUCUCUUCAUACAUGACCACGCCCUGUCAAUUGAUCGAUCUGGGUAAUUGCAUGAUCCCGGCUUUGGAGGGCCGGUCUACGCCCGUCAUCAAGGACUACAAGAAAUCCCUCAACGUGUUGUUAGCUGAGGACAACGAGGUCAAUCAAAAGGUGGCCAUCAAAAUUCUGGAAAAAUAUAACCACGUGGUGACGGUAGUGGGCAAUGGGUUGGAAGCCGUCAAUGCCAUCAAAAACAACCGAUUCGACAUUGUACUUAUGGACGUGCAGAUGCCAGUGAUGGGUGGGUUCGAAGCCACACGAGAGAUUCGGCAGUAUGAAAAGGAGAGGGGACUGCCUAGAACGCCCAUCGUCGCUCUAACCGCCCACGCCAUGCUCGGAGAUCGCGAGAAAUGCAUCCAGGCACAGAUGGACGAAUACCUGUCCAAACCACUGAAACAGAACCUGCUUAUGCAAACGAUUCUGCGAGUGGCUUCCGACAGGGUGACCGAUAUUUUCAACAAGCAGGCACGAUCUAAAUCCAAUGGAGCUCGUAAUGGCACUGGCGGUGGUGCGGACGGAAAGGACGCCCAUUCAAAAGCUGGGGAUUCUCGAGGGACAUCGAGCUUGAGGCCCCCGUUCAGCGAGAGGUCGGUGACGGCGUCAGGGCCAGUGAAUCAUGGCAGUGUUGAGAGUCCUUCAUUGGGCACAGAUGGCGAGCCCGAUCCGAUGUCGGCAGCUAAUAGCAGCGUACGUUCGAUGUCAUGGUCGGGCUGA